UUUGACGACGCUAAUAUGAUUGGUUGUUGGAAGUCAUCGCAUUUUAGCCAAUAGAAACACAGCAGCUUUGCCUAUAUGGAGGGCGACCAGAGACCGUUGUCUUCUAUUUCAGCUUAGUUCUGCAAAGCGAAAGGAAGUGAAAAUGAGUGGAAGAGGAAAAACCGGAGGUAAAGCUAGAGCGAAGGCCAAGACUCGCUCCUCCCGCGCCGGGCUGCAGUUCCCUGUGGGCCGUGUUCACAGGCUGCUGCGCAAAGGGAACUACGCCGAGCGCGUCGGCGCCGGCGCUCCCGUCUACUUGGCUGCCGUGUUGGAGUAUCUGACCGCUGAGAUCCUUGAGUUGGCCGGCAACGCCGCUCGCGACAACAAGAAGACCCGUAUCAUUCCUCGUCAUCUGCAGCUGGCUGUUCGUAACGACGAGGAGCUCAACAAACUGCUCGGAGGAGUGACCAUCGCUCAGGGUGGCGUGCUGCCCAACAUUCAGGCUGUACUGCUGCCCAAGAAGACCGAGAAGGCGGCCAAGACCAAGUAAACUGGGUUUUUCCGCUAAACUGGAAAAAAAACAAAGGCUCUUUUAAGAGCCACCCACCUUAGCAACAAAAGUGCACGUUUCCUUUUCAUUUCCCAUG